AUUCAAAUUUGUUUAAAUCAUGACCCCCAGGGGUAGGGUGGGGCCAAAUGACCGAUAAAAGUUUUACAUAGGAAUAUAAUGGGAAACCUUUUAAAAUCUUCUUUUCAAGUACUUCAAAGCCAUGCUUAGUUAUAUUUAUAGGGAAUCAUCCUCAGGUAGUGUAGAUUCUAGUUUGUUCAAAUCAUGACCCCCUGGGGGGUUAAUAUUCACGCCCCCUCCCCCCCCCCCCCCCCCACCCUAGUAAACUUUCAGUUCUGAUCUGAUAUGUGCUUUUUCCAAGCCAAUUGCUCAGGUGAGCGAUGUGGCCCCUGGGCCUCUUGUCCUGUACGUCUGUUUUUGUCUGUCUGUUGUAAACUUAAACCUUCGCCAUAACUUUCACAUUUGGUAUGCAUACUCCACUUCAUGUAAUUACGCUCUUUCAAAUGACACCUAGGUCAUUGAUGUGACCUUGACUGGGCAAUAAGCUUUUUCAAACUUUUGCCAUAACUUGAACCAUAGGAGAUCGAGAUUUCAUAUUUGGUCAUUGCUCCAUGAUUGGAUCCCAGACAGGCAAAGUCAUUGACUAUGAAAUUAGAACAAAAUGUUGCAAAAUUUGUGAGAGUGCCACAAGAAAUGGAAAAGACCCCAAAGAUCAUGACUGCCGAAAAAACUGGGAAGGAAGCUCUAAAGCAAUGGAAAAGGAUAUGGUGGCUAAAAUGGUCUCCAGAAAAGUGGAAGAAGGGGUGAACAUAACGAAUGUGGUUGCAGAUGAGGACACCACUACCUUUUGUCAUUUGAGAAAUGUCCACUCAAACAUUACAAAGAUUAGUGAUAAAAACCAUAUAAGGAAAAUUUUCACUUCAAAUUUGUAUGGUUUGCAACCAAAACACAGAUCACUGAGUACUAAAGUUAUUCGGUACUUUGUAAAAUGUUUUAACUACAUGUUGUCACAAAACCAAGGAAAUACAGAGGGGGUACAGAGAGGGUUGGAAGCAUUAAGCAGGCACCCUUUUGGUGAUCACAGCGCUUGCAAUGAAUCUUGGUGUUCCCAUAUCAGCAAUCCGAAACAGAAAUAUUCUGCUUUGCCAUAUGGAAAACCACUCAAGGACAGCCAUCUUCAAGAGUCCAUUCAACUCAUCUGCUCCAAGCUGCUGAAGGACACUUCCAAACUUUCAAGAUUAGGAAGUACACAAGCAAAUGAAGCGUUCAACAAAGCUGUCUCCCUAAAAGCUCCCAAGAAUCAUCACUUUGGUGGAUCUGCAAGUCUCAGUUACAGAGUUGCAGCAAGUGUUGCAGAGAAAAAUGCAGGGCAGAAAUAUCUGAUUGAGGUGAACAGAGGAGUUGGUCUCUCCCCAGGAAGACACACAAGAAAAUUCUGUUACUUGCGGGAUUCUCAAUCAAGAAAAAGAAAAGCCAUUGCCAGAACAAAGACUGCAAAAAGGAAAAGAAUGCAGUUGAAAGCCAAGAAAGUCCAGACCACAGUAUGUAAAGAGAUAAGAGAGGGCCCAACAUAUCAGUCUGGGGUUGGAAUCUCUGAUUCCAAUGUUGUAGUUGAUGAAAUUCCACCACCCUCAUCUGAACCACAACAGCAGAGUUUGUCAACCAAAGACAAAAAAUUUGUCUUUUUUGACCUGGAAACAACAGGACUUGCGAGAACAUCACACAUUCUACAGGUGGCUGCCAUUUGUGGGAAGGAGACAUUUUCUUCCUAUGUAAUGCCUAAGAAGCCAAUUACACCCUCUGCCUCCACAAUUACCGGCCUAAAGCUGGAUAAUGGAACCCUCUAUCACCAUGAGAGAAGAGUCAAUGCUGUUUCAAUUUCCAAUGCACUUGGCUCUUUUUUAAGCUUUAUUGAGAAGCAAGGCAAUGUUAUUUUAGUUGGCCACAAUAUCAAAAGUUUUGAUGUUCAUGUUCUUUUUCAAGCUCUAGAUUCUUGUUCGCUAUUGGAUCGAAUGUCAAAAUGUGUACAAGGUUUUUUAGAUACUAGAUUUCUAUUCAAACUUGUCCAUCCAAGUUUGUGUUCAUAUAGCCAGCAAUAUUUAUCAGAAGUGCUACUAAAAUGUACUUACAAUGCACAUGAUGCUGUAGAGGAUGUUUUAGCUUUGCAGAGGUUAUUUGACACUGUUCAUUUUUGUGAUGGCGAACAUUCAUCUUGUACAUUUACAUUUCAGUAUGCUUUGAGUGUCCAUAACUACCAGAAGGUUGUAGAUAGAAACAUUCCAUCCUUACAAGGUUUGAUUGAUAAAAAUGUUUUGAGUGUCAGAAUGGCAAAGAAGGUGGCAGGUAGUGGCCUAAACUAUGAAUGUCUCAGAUUAGCACAUUCUAGAAGUCCUGAUGGCAUUUAUAAUCUAUUCACUGAGCUGUGUGACAACAUAUCUGUCAGAGUUACGAAGUGCAAGAAAAUUAUUGAUAAUGUUACCCAGUUUUUCAUGUCUUCAAACGAAAGUUAAAUGAUCACUAGAUGUAUAUUCUCUGGAGUUUUGCUUCUUGUACUUUGCUCACAAACAUUGAGGUCAUAUUGUGCAAAAUUCAUGAAAGAAGUUGAUCAUUAGUUUUGUCUUGAAAUGGAUGAUGUUGAGUCAUAUAAGAAAUAGUACAUUCUAUCUUUUACUUUGUUCAUGCAUUAAUUCAUUUUUGAUUUAUUAAUCAUUACAUUUAUUGCAUGUAAAUUUAAUUUAUUUUAACUAAAUGAUUCAAAAAUUAAUUUUAAAUUAUAUUGAGUGUACUGGUUUUUUCAUACACGGCGUGUGUAUUGCAGAAUUUUGUAUGAUCUCUUGGUUUUGCUAUGAUUUAAAUCGAGAAUGUGUAGAAUAUGGGACAAGGGAUUGUAAUUAAGUUUGUUUCCCUUACUUUCCUAGAAUAAUGUCCAUAAACUAUUUUUGAAGUUCAAAAAAUCACACCGAGUUGACAUGAAAAGAUUUUGUCAAGCAAUUCAACUUCUUUUUAUUACACAUUAUAAGGAGAAAUAAUGGAAUAUCACAUGAAAUUGAAAAAUAACAGAGGAAAUUCAGGUUAAUUGUAAUAAAAUAUCUCAAAAUUUUUAUCAUUGACACCCACUUUGUGAUUUAUUUUUAUUUAUUUCAGGGUGAUUUCUGUAUUUAUAAAACAAUUAAUAAGAGUUAUCAUCAGCCAAAUUUUUAGAAUAUUUGAAUGAAAAAAGGUUUAUUUAUUUGCAUAAAAUGUCAUGAAACGGAGGAAAUUCAGGUUAUUUGUAACAAAAUAUCUCAGAAUUUUGGUCAUUUACACCCACUUUGUGAUUUAUUUUUAUUUUUUAGAAGAUGUUCUCUGUAUGUAUAAAACAACCAAUAAGAGUUAUCAUCAGCCAAAUUUUUAGAAUAUUUGAAUGAAAAAAGGUUUAUUUAUAUGCAUAAAAUGUCAUGAAACAGAGGAAAUUCAGGUUAUUUGUAACAAAAUAUCUCAAAAUUUUGAUCAUUGACACCCACUUUGUGAUUAAUUUUUAUGUCUUAGAAAAUGUUCUCUGUAUGUAUAAAACAACCAAUCAGAGUUAUCAUCAGCCAAAUUUUUAGAAUAUUUGAAUGAAAAAAGGAUUAUUUUUAUGCAUAAAAUGUCAUGAAACGGAGGAAAUUCAGGUUAUUUGUAACAAAAUAUCUCAAAAUUUUGAUCAUUGACACCCACUUUGUGAUUAAUUUUUAUUUCUUAUAAGAUGUUCUCUGUUUGUAUAAAACAACCAAUAAGAGUUAUCAUCAGCCAAAUUUUUAGAAUAUUUGAAUGAAAAAAGGUUUAUUUUCAUGCAUAAAAUGUCAUUGAACAGAGGAAAUUCGGGUUACAGAAAAUAAAAACGUAAUUGAUUUCUGUAAUAGUUUUGUUGUUAUUUUUAAGAUAACACCUUGAUUAAUAAAUUACUAUGGUAGAAUGUUUCAAUUACAUGCUCGCAAGAAAAAUUUUAGUAAAAGAUUGAAGUAACCUUAAAAAAUCCAUAUUUACAAUGGUGAAUUCAUGCUUUGAUUUCAUUGGCUAAUAGUAAAAAAAGUAGGUCAUUGACCUACAUGUUUUAAAGUAGAUUUUGUCAAUACAUACGUGUGUCUUGCUGAUUUAAUAGACGAGUUUUAAUUAUCAUCAGUAGAUUUUU